AGAAUAGCAGAAAAUGGCUAGUGGAAUGGUGGGGGGAGGCGGGAACGGGGGAGUGGAGUGGCACCAGAGGCCUCCAAAUGCUAAAAACCCCAUCGUCUUCUUCGACAUAACCAUCGGCACCAUCCCUGCAGGCCGUAUCAAGAUGGAGCUUUUCGCCGACAUCGCUCCCAAAACGGCCGAGAACUUCAGACAGUUCUGUACCGGAGAGUAUAGAAAAGCUGGACUACCUGUGGGAUAUAAGGGAUGUCAAUUUCAUAGGAUAAUCAAGGAUUUUAUGAUACAAGCUGGUGAUUUUCUAAAGGGGGAUGGGAGUGGAUGUGUGUCCAUAUAUGGAAGUAAGUUCGAGGAUGAAAAUUUCAUUGCCAAGCAUACUGGACCUGGUCUACUGUCAAUGGCCAACAGUGGACCAAACUCGAAUGGGUGUCAGUUUUUCAUCACUUGUGCCAAGUGUGAUUGGCUUGACAAUAAGCACGUGGUAUUUGGGAGAGUUCUGGGUGAUGGCCUUUUGGUGGUGAGGAAGAUCGAGAAUGUGGCCACAGGACCAAACAACCGUCCUAAAUUGCCCUGCAUUAUUGCCGAAUGUGGGGAGAUGUAAACAUCCACCCUCCACUGUUUCUGGUUAAGCUUGGUUUUUUCUAGGAUCUUUGAAUGUGAUCAUGAGUCCACGGCUGCUGUUGGAUGUUCUAUUACGAGUCUGUCAUUACCGGACUGUGAUUUGAUUUAAAUGUGCAGAUUUUCAUCUAGAUGUAUGAUAUGAAAAAUAUGCAUACUAAUGACACGGUCUGAUUUAGAACAGCCUCGAUGAAGAUAAAGAAAAGCUGCAAUGUAGUUCAUUUCGUUACU